AUGCCGGCACCGACUCGAGCCACGACUGCAGCCGAGGCCGCCGCAGGGCGCGCAGGACAGGCCGCCCGCGGCAGAUCUUUGCACAGGAAAGCCGCAGCAAAUCCGCAAAAUGUUCUUUGCUGUGCGGGUUCCGCUUUAAGGUACACUUUGCAGCGGCGUCUGGGGCUGUCGCGGCUCUUGUUCGUGUCCAUGGUCACUUUGGUGUUCACCCGCGGCGCGUUCGCAAGCGAUACACCCCAGGUCCCGCCGGAAGACAGCAAGUUUCUAGCCCCGACUUUGCCGAGUUCCGACGCAGCAGCUUACGGAGAAGCUGAGUCUGCGGGGGGGGCUGGAGAUCAGCAGCAGCAGCGGCGCGUGGAGGCGAUGCAGCAGGUGCUGCCCGCAGCAGCGCGUUUGGCCGCAGCGCUGGGCACGGAAGAGGCGAAGGAGCUGCUGCAGGUCGCCGAGGCCCUCGUGCCGCAGCCAGGAGUGACUGUGCAUCCGAAAGAGUUGGAAGCUGGAGCGGAAAUCCUGUUAUCUGCGCUGAGCAGCUUGCAAAGCCUCGCAGUGGCUCGCGCUGCUGCUCUCGCGCAGCAGCAGGAGCAGCAGCAGGGCUCCUUCCCCGAGCUCGAGGUGCGCGAGCCGCCCCCCCAGAACUCCGGAAAAGAACUCGAAGUGAUCGACGUGGCAGACGAACUCGAAGGCAAUGACGCAGCGCUCACUUUCCUGAAGCUGCAUCGCUCGCUGGGGGAGGCGGCGGCGCAGCUGCAGUCGAGUUUCGCGGAGGUGAGCCACGGUGUACAGACAGCUCAGAAGUUCCGCACCGAGGCCGACGCACCCGCCCUCGCUGCUGCUGCUGCUGAUCUCGAGUUGCUGUCGCACAUUGUGGGGUCUUUGGAGCAUUUGCAAGCUCUGGCGGUUCCAGUUCGAGACCGGGCUUACGACAGCAUGCGGAUCGUGAAGCUGCGGCGGGGGGAGGAGGUGCUGCAGCAGGUGGAGGCGGAGCUGCGGCUGCUGAACAUCACCAAGCAGCUGGCCCAGGAAGCAGCAGCAGCAAAACCUGCUGCUGCAGCAAAACCUGCUGCUGCAGCAAAACCUGCUUUCCAGCGCAUGGAGGAAAUUUCCGCAGAGCUCGAGGCGCUGCUGAAGCAGCUGCGCGCCGACGUCGAACAAGUCCGCAGCAGCGCCACAAUGAAGGAGAUUUCGCUCGCCAGUGAGCAGCUGGAAGCAGCAGCAGAACGGGCCCGCAGCCUUCUUGGAAACCUGAAGAACGAGGCCCAGUUGCUGCCCCCGCUUCCAGCCCGAAUCCAAAGCAGCAGCAGCAGCAGCAGCAGCAGCAGCAGCAGCAGCAGCAGCAGCAGCGAAAGGUCCAUUGCAGCGGAGGCGCAGCGCCACCACCAGAACAUCCUCGCCGGCGCCGCGGCCGUGCGCAGCGCCCUCGAAGGCGCACGCGACAGCAUCCAACGCCUCACCAGCAGCAGCAGCAGCAGCAGCAGCAGCAGCAGCAGCAGCAGCAGCGGCGGGGGCGGGUUCAAGAGCAAGCUGCAGCACGUGGGUUCCUCGAUUUCCGCAGCACUGAUGAGCAGGCUGGGGGAAAUCUCGAGCCAAAUGGAAAGCUCGCUGCAGCAAACUGAAAGCCUCAUGCAGGCGCUGCCCUCAGUGCAAAGGCCAGAGGCUGCACUGAACAGUCUGCAGCGGCUGGCAGAGCUUUCCGUGGAGUUGGCGCGGAAAAAAGAAGAGGCGCAGCUGCUGCUGCUGGAGGGGGAGCUGGUGAGGGCGCUGGACAAGGACGCGCAGCACUUGGCAGCAGCAGCAGCUUACUACGCCGCUCACGCCUUCGAUCCCGACUCCCGGGAAGCUGAAUACAUGCAAGGAGAUCACAAACAGUUCAAAGAAAUGAUGGAAAUGCUCGGCAGCGCAGAGUCCGUCGUAGACGCAGAAGACCUCGUUUCCGCAGCGCGCUUCGCUGCGGCUUCCAUGCGCGACACUCUGGCGCAGCGCCGCAGGAAGGACUGCGAAAAGCUGCAGUCGGAGCAGGCGAAGGGCGAGCCGUGA